CCUGUUAAAAUCGAAAUUUGAUACUAGCUACGUUAGUGGGUUACUUCUAAACGCGCGUUUAUAUGAUUUGACCGCUUCAAUGUGCGAAAAGUUAAUCAGUUGAAAAUAAUAUUUUACAUGUAGCAUUGAAUUUACAUUCAAAACGAAUAAAGAACAUAUAAUUUAAAUGAAACCGUAAAUGACGGUUAAAUCUAAUAGUGCACAUUGUAUAUAUACAUACAUGUGCUUGUCUAUGCUGUUUACGAAUUCGUAAUUCACUACAUGUUACUCGGACAAAAUGAUUUCUUUAAAUUACUUAAUCAUGUAAGAUGAUAUAAUAUUUUGAGAGUUAUGACAAAUAUGUUGGUAAACAGCAUACCUUAUUACGAUGAGUUUUCCGAUAUCCAAUAAAUGUGAAUUCAACCAAGUGUCAGCAUAAUGAGCAGCAAGACAAAUGCUACAUGCAAAACUGUUGCCACUAAAUCUGACAAAAAUACAAUAGAGAAUAAACAACUUCCGUCUACUUCUAAAGUACCUCCAGACGGUGUGGUCUUAAUUGACAAUUGUAAUACCUUGAUUGAAGUUACUGUCCAAGCAACAGGGCGUAAACGUACAUCAACAAUGGUCAGCAGUGGUCAUAAAGGAGUAGAAGAGAAAAGGAAGCCUGGUAACAGUGGAGACUCUCAUCUAAGCUGGGGUAGAGUGCUAAGGGAACAAAACAAAGCAACUAUGAAACAAAGUUUACAACAUUUUGCAGUACGUGCUCCUACUUCAAAGUCAUCGAAGCAUGUAUCUGAUGCUAAAGACUCGAAGAAGCAAUCUCAUAAACAUUUGGACGAAAUUCCUGUUAAACAAUCAGUUUCGCAGAAGAAACUAGAAGAGCAGAUAAAAGUCACACCACGUACACCACAUCCAUCCACCACAUCGCUUCCAAGCUCUGUGGAUUCUAUUUUAGUCUAUGAUAGAGGGGCACAAUGUGGUGGAAUAUUUGAUUCUAACGAUGACAGAUUCGGAGCAUUUAAUCCAGUUCGUACAUUAGGAUUUUUAAUGAAAGAGUUAGAGGACUUGGUAAAAGAUGACAAAGCUAGUAAGAUAUUAACUGAUAUGGAACAAGUGUUGCUUAGAAUAUCAACAGAAUUUGAAAAACCAUUUGUCAUGGAUUCAGAAGCCAUAGCACUUCGAACGAAAUUGGAAGCAAGCACACUCCAGUUGGAGGAAACAAGCAGGAAAAUGAAUGCCGCAUGCGAAACGUUGCGCAACGAACGUGACUCCUUGAAACGACAAGUUCAUAAACAAAUCAUACUGUUGAACGAAGCUCGGGAAAGGCAAUUAGACUUAGAAACGACUGUGAAAACAUUGAAACAAGAAUUGGAGGAAGCAACGAAGACGAUACAAACUAGAGAGAAGACCAUAACCGAAUUAAAAGAAGGGAUGAAGGGUCACGAAUUUUCUCAAAAAAUCAUAUCGGAUUUGAGAACGAAUCUCGCUGAACAAACUGAGCUUGCAAGACAAAGGCAUUUAGAAGUGCAAUACCUUACACUAGAGAAAGAUAAAUUGUCAGUUUUAUGCACGUUCAAGGAUUCAUUGUUGGUUGAACUUCGGAAUUCGAUUAAGGAGUUGCAAAAUCAGAUUGGAGACCAACUGAGUAGUUUAAAUAUGUACGUUCACGAAGAAAGUACUAAUCCUCAAAUUUCAUUGGUACACGGGGGUAUUGCGUGUUCCUCGCCAACUUCUACAUCUACCCGAGAAUCUAAUUCGCCUACUUCUUGGCACGAUAUAUCAGAUGUUUCUUUGUCUACUGUUGGUCACGAACCACCGAAAAAUAUAGACCAGAGAUUUAUGCGAAAACCAGAAAAAAUAACGACCGCCUCAGAAAGCCAUAUUGGGAAUUUGGCGAAAAAGCGAACUAAGAAUGUCAAAGAAUCUCAGACUAAAGAUUCUGUUAAUUUGGAAUUCGUUAGUUUACCUUGCGGCGAAUCCUCGCUCACAUUGCUGCCUUCUUACAACGAUUUUGGCUACACAGAAAAUAGUCAGAUAGUGGAUAAAGGGAAAGAAGAUGUAAUGUUGAUUCAUAAACGAGGUGAUAAUUUACGUAAUUUCAAGAGUUUAAGUUCGCCCCCAGAAAAGUUGUCUGAGACUAAAGCCCGCACAGAAGAUCCUUUGGAUACUCAAAAGUCUUUAACGUUGCAUAAAAAGCAAAAUUUAGAAAAAAAGUCUGGCGUAAUUCAUGGGUCUAACGUAAUAAAAAGUAAUUCACCUCAUAAUUUGUUGGGUUCUAGUAUAUCGGAACAAUUCCAUAAUAUAUUCCAUGAUAUCAGAGUUCAAAGUAGGAUGCCGGUGAAUGUACCAAGCCCACCAAGGAAUUAUCCACAUCCUGAUUGGAGCGAUAGCACCCUACCAAGUAUUAGUACUGCUUCUGAAUUGAACGUGAUACCGUCAAAUGAGACAUGAAGGUGCCUUAAUAUUUUGUUGCAGCAGAAUUUCAGCUUCUUCGUCCAAUGAAAUUGUUAUUCAUCUAUAGAAACGCAGUUUCAGGAAACAUAAAAAUUGAAUUAUAUUUUCUGAUCUCAAUGAUUUAACAAUAUAAUUUUAAGUAAUAAGUAUUAAGUAUAUACAGUAUAAAUUGUAUCAAUUUUUGGCUUAAAGUGUAUUUUUCUAUUUAAUAUAUCUACCUUUGAUCUUUGUAAAUCCGAGUAAAGUUUGUACACAAGAAUAUAUAAUUUAAAAAAAUAUUAUUUAUAAACAUGUGAUGUAAUUAUUGGUAAUAGAAAGGACCUCAAGUAUUAUGCGUAACACCUUCUAUGUUACAUGUAUCGUACAGAAAUCCAUUCAACAAGAAUUUAGCGAAGCAAUGGAUGUUAGUGGCGAAAGUACUAUACGUAUGUAGGUACAUGUUACAUUGGUGCAUUGUCGUGUUGGUUUCUAUUUGUAUAGGUUAAAAAUGUAAUAUUAGAAACGUCUACGAAAGUGUUCAAUAAAUUGAAUC